CAACAACAUAGGUAGAAAAAGGAAGGAGGUCCUGAAAAAAGAAUACAGAGAGUAAGGAAGGAAGCUGAGACGCAGAACCUCAAGGAUAGUAAUCUCGGGAUUGCUGUCUGUGCCACACCUCAGUGUUGAUAGGAAAAGAAUAAGGUGGCAGGUAAGUGCAUGGCUGGAGCAUUGGAGCAAGGGGCAGGAAUUCAGAUUUCUGGAUAAUUGCAACCUGUUCUGGGGUCUGUGGAACCCGUACAAAAGGGAUGGGUUGCACCUGAAUCUGAGGGGGACCAAUAUUCUUGCAGGCAGGUUUCCUAGAGCUGUUGGGAGUGGUUUAAACUAAUAUGGCAGGGGGAUGGGAAACAGUUUAAUAGAGCUGAGGAUGGGUCAGCAGGUUUAUAAGUAGAUGACGGAUGUAACAUGAAUGUAAGGAUGGACAAGCCAGUGAUUGGGUACAAAUGCAGACAGAGCAAAGAAUUAAAUGGUACCACAGAGGCAAAAUUCAAAAGAGCAAAGAAUGCUGGGCUGAUGGUGCAGUAUUUAAAAGUGCGUAGCAUUCAGAAUAAGGUGGACACUCGUGGCGCAAUUCAAGAUUGACGCUGUGGACAUCACUGAGUUGCGGCUGAAAGAAGGCCAUAGUUGAGAGCUUAACGUCAAAGGAUAUACUUUGUACCCAAAGGACAGGCAAGAAGGCAAAGGCGGUGGUGUGGCUCUGUUGGUAAGAGAUGGAAUUACAUCUUUAGAAAGGUGACAUAGGGUCAGAGAACGUUGAAUGUUUGUGGGUGGAGUUAAGAAACUGCAAGGGAGUUAUUGGAAUAUGGACCUCCGAAUAGUAGCCAAGAUGUGGGGUUGAGAUUGCAAAGGUAGCUGAAAAAGGCAUGCAAUAGGAUAAUGACACAAUUGUAAUGGGGGGAUUUCAAUAUGCAAAGGGACUGGGAAAAUCAGGCUGGUGUCGGAUCACAAGAGAGGGAGUUUGUUGAAUGCCUACAAUGGCUUUUUACAGAAGCUUGUGCUUGAGCCUACUUGGGGAAAAGCUAUCUUAGACUGGGUAUUAUGUAAUAACCGAGAUCUUAUUAAGGAGCUUCGUAUAAAAGAACCCUUAGGAGGCAGUGAUCCGAAUAUGAUUGAAUGCAUACUGCAGUUUGAGAGGGAGAAACACAAGUCAGAUGUAUCAGCAUCACAAUGAAAUAAAGGGAAUUACAGAGGCACGAGAGAAGAGCUUGUCCAGGUGGAUUGGAGGAGGAUACUGGUGGGGAUGAUGGCAGAGCAGAAAUGGCUGAAGUUUCUGGGAAUAGUUCACAAGGUGCAAGAUAAAUAUGUCCCACAGAGGAAGAAGUUCUCAAAUGGCAGGAGUGGGCAACCAUGGCCGACAAGGGAGGUUAAGGACUGCAUAAAAGCCAAGAAAGUGGCAUAUAAGCCAAGGAAGGAAGGAGGCUUAGGAGAGAAAAUGGCGCCUAAUGGCAUCUCCUUUACUUGCAUCUUCAGAAGCAGCUCUAUUUCUAUCUUUAAUAUCUCCAUUUUUCCCUUUCAGGGUUCUUUUGAAGACCCUGACCUGGAAUUACACGCUGACUUCGGUUCUUUGUAGGAAUGGGACCCGCUCGCGGGGUUUCACGACUGGCCGUUAUUCGAUAUGCCAAGGAUGCGGCCUAGGAGAUUAGCUCGCCUUCGGAGUUCCAGGACCACAAAGCUCUGAAGACAGGCGGACUGAAGGUCGGUGCCUCUGCAGGAAUUUGGUAUGUCGUGGGAGAAAGAAGAUGGAAAGCAGCGAGCUGGCUGCUGGCUGUGUGCCCAGAGACCUGAGUUCUUUGGGCACAGAGCUCAGAAAAAGCGACGCAACGAACUUUUAACGUCGUAAACCAGCGAGUUGUUUGUUUUGUGUCCCUUCUCGCUGUGAAACAGAGACUCCUCUUUUUCCCUUAUUAGGGACAGAGAGCGCCUGUGGUAUGUCAAAUAGUAGUGAUUGAGUAGUCUUUGGGGUACUGUAAGUCUGUCGUUGCUGAUGCUUUGCUGCACGCUUGAGUGCUCGGUGGUGGGUGCCGAUGCUUUUAUUUGCUGGUGGGGAGGGGGGAUCGUUGCUUUGCUGCCGUUUACACUUCUUACAUUUAACUGUCAUUCAUUCUUUGGGGGCACUCCACUGUUUUCAUGGAUGAUUGUGAAGAAAAAGUAUUUUAUGAUGUAUAUUGUAUACAUUUCUCUAACAUUAAAUGUACCUUUGAAAUCUUUAAUAUAAAGUAGCAAAAGUGAGUGGGAAGUUUAAUGACUUGGAAGCUUUUAAAAUCCAACAAAAGAGAACUUAAAAAGCUAUAAGAAGGAAAAAGGUGUAGACAAAAAUGUAGGAAAAAGAUGUGGGCAAACUAGCCAAUAAUAUAAAGCAGGAUACUAAGUUUUUUUAGUUAUAUCAAAAGUAAAAGGGAGGUGAGAGUUGAUAUUGAACCACUGGAAAAUGAUGCUGGUGAGGUAGUAACGGGGGAUGAAGAAAUGGCAGAUGAACUUCAUGGGUACUUUGCAUUUGUCUUCACUGUGGAAGACAACAGCAGUGUUCCUUGAGUGUCAGGGAGCAGGAGUGAGUGCCAUUGCUAUUACAAAGGAAAAAGUGCUAGGCAAACUUAAAGGUCUGAAGGUGAAAAAGUCACCUAGAUCAGAUGGAAUACAUCCCAGAGUCCAGAGAGAGAUUGCUGAAGAGAUAAUGGAUAAAUUGGUCAUGAUCUUUCAAGAAUUACUUGAUUCUGGCAUGGUCCCAGAGGACUGGAAGAUUGCAAAUAUCACUGCACAAUUCAAGAAGGGAGGAAGGCAAAAGAAAGGAAACUAUAGGCAGUUAGCCUAAGGUCAGUGGUUGGGAGGGGUCCCGGAACCAAUCCCUCACGGAUAACGAGGGCCAACUGUAUUUCCACUUUCAUGCCACAACUUACUAUUACCUUAUACUCACCAAAUAGCCUCACUGCCAUGUUUUGGUUUGGUAUGAAAACAGAAGCUAUCUGUCACUCCUCUCUAUGCCUGCCACAUUGUCAUGCCUCUCUAGUCAAUCCAUUCAUUCUUAACUGCUUCAUUAAUGGCAUGGGAUAUGUCCAAGUUUGGCGAAGUUAGAAGUGAUUUCUGGUUCCAUGGGCAUCUUUGAUUUGAAAUCUUUAUUUUCCUCUAGCCCUGUUUAAUAGAUAGAAACAUCUCUAUCCAACCAUUCCUCAUAGAACAUACUGUGAAAUGGUUUCUUUGGCUUUGUAAGCUAAAGAACUCUGCCCAAUUCAAGUUGAUCUUUCCUAGCCAACAUCUAAAACACGUGAUUAAGUUCAAUAUUCAGUAACACAUGACCUGUAUCUAUUCACUACCAAUGGUACAACAACAGCACCCAACAGUCUCCUAUCUAUGACAAGAUAUGAAUGCGUGAAAGCUGCAAUGGUCAUGUCCUAAGCUUCCCCUUCUAUAUGCCCUCUCACAUAGGCAAUAUCGAUGCUUACUGAUUUUCCUCCAAGAUCUAUACUGAGGUAUACUCUGUCGCAAUUUCCUGCAUUGUGCAAUUAAUUACUCAAAUUCCCUUCUGGUCUACAUCCUUUUUUGUAUCCAAAGGUUUUGCACUUUUGCAAAACUCUAAGUAAUCUAUUCUCCUGCAACUGUGGGACCAUAUGUCAAAAGACUUCUAAUGCAAUAGUAACAUGCCCGCUUGUGCAACAUGGCAUUGUUUGAGGUAAAUCCAUCUGAGGACCGUGUCUUUGCAAUUUAAAUGGAGAAGAACCACUUCACCUAUUGGCACUCUUGCUGUGUCUUCAUGCUGGAUCGACUCAUUGAACAGCACUCCUGAUUGGGGAAGAUGAUAAUAAUUUCAUGGCUUUGGGGAGAAGGUGCGAUGGGGUCAGAGAGAGGAGACGCGACCCGAGAGAUGCUGUAACUGGGCGACAGAAUGGACCCCGAGUGGGAGUCCGAGGCCCAGGGUCUUUGGCGAGGAGAGGAGACGAGGACAGACUCAUGUGGAGCAUUUGGUCGACCAUGGAGGGUGGUCCUAUUCAAGGGUCGGCAGAGUUCGGAGGACAUCGACUGGAGGAAAGGGAGACCCAGCUCUGUAAAAGCUCCAACGAAUUAUUUGUGCACAGAACUGAUAGAGUUACUGACUUGGUGCCUUUAUUGUAUUUGUCUGUACUAACCCAUCACCAAGAAAUACUUAUAAAGUGUAGUCAUUUAAUCGCAUAUAGUGUACUGUCUGUUAUUUAGCAUGGUGGGAUACAUUACACAGCAUCUAAACAAACUUGAUUAGCCAGUUUGGCAGGGCAGAAGGCUGCUCCCCUAGAUGAAAGCGAGCUGAACGAACCUGAGGCUUACCAGGAGGAGGAUACAUUGUGGGGGCCAUCGUCCGGGUUUGGAUUCCGUUCGAUGCUGUGUGAUCGCCCUGUUUAAAUUAUACAUGCUGUAGGGGCGGAAAGCUGGUGUACCUCUGUGGGAUUGCUGAUUAUUACUGCAUGCGUGUUGGGUGGGUGGCUGUUGGUAUCCCGGAGGUCUUUGUUCAAGUUCAGACUAGCGCUGACAAGAUGGUGGUGGGACUGCUAGUGUCUAUUGGUGCCCCAGGUGAGGUGGGGCCAUGGGCUGUUAGGAGAGAGAGGAAAGAGUGGUCUGAUUCGGAGGUAGUGUCUGCAAAUAAAUGUUCCAGCUAUGGCAGGCUCCGCCUGGUUAUUGGGAUAAUGUCCACCCCUAAAGGGGCGGAGGCGUGGGUGGAACAGACCUCUCAGUUGUUAGAUGAGUGGCAGUGUCGGUUGAGGGAGAGCGACAGGGAUUGGUUGGAAAUUUGAGUAGGCGGGCUGGUGACGGUGUUAGAACUGUCAGGUUCAAUUACCCCGUAGUGACAGCUGCCAGUUAUCUGAAAGCGGGGGAAAAUGUGUUUGGUUCGACUGGAAGUAAAAUGCAGCACCUGGGAGGGCUUUCCAUACCUGUGUCAGGAGAUUAGUGGAAAGUUUUCAGGGUAUCUUCUCUGGCUAGGGGGCAGAUAAAUUGCUUGCGGUGCCAGGGGGAUCAGUUAAGGGGAUCAGCCCCUCCCUCAGCUGUUCAGCUGAUCAGAGAGGUGUCCGGAAACUUAGUGGAGGCCCAGUGGGAGAAUGGCUUGGGGUCUCUGGGGGAGCACGUUCUCAGCAAUGUACCAAGGAACACCCGAAAGGAAAAAACCCUAUUCCUGAAGGCUUAGAGGGACCACACCCCUGUGUGUCGUUACAGAUAGAUGGAAGCUAUGGUAAGGCCAUCCUCGACAAUGGGGUGCAGGUCAAGUUGUUGUACAGUUCGUUUUACAACCGGUUUCUGAAGCAUUUACCCUUGACAACAUUAAGGGCACUGAAGAUUUGGGGUACCAGUGCUGGUGAUUAUCCAGACGACGGUUAUUGGUCAGUGAAACUGGAGUUCUUGGAGGCCAAUGUGUGGGUGUCAGAGGGUCGUGAAUCGUUAAUGAUGAUGUGUCCGGACCCUGGUGAGACGGGCAACGUUUCGAUUCUGGAGGGGACCAACACCCUGCUGGUGAGGAGGCACAUGGGGGCCUGCCAGGAGGAGGCAGGUGAGAGCUGUUUGGGGGGCAUUGUCUGUGCACCCAGUGUUUCGAGCUGCUUGUGAGGACGUGUAUAGCAGCAUGGGGCCAGUACCGAAUUUAAACGAGAGCUGAUGGUGGUACGGCCUGGGGGAAGUAUCUGAGGGUGAGACCCUCUUAGUAGACACUCUGAAAUACCAUGAAGGAGGGGAGUUGACCGCUGAAGACACCACGGUGAGAGAGAGGUCACGGCGACCGGCCCCUGCGGCCAUGGAAGACGUAGGCAACGUGUGUGUGGAUUAUAGGACACUGAACAGACGCACUGUCAUUGACCAGUAUACGGUCCUGAGGGCCGAAGACGCGAUGGUCUGUCUGAGUGGUGUGACGUGGUUUAAUGUGCUGGAGCUGAGGAGUGGAUAAUGCCAGAUCCCGAUGAGUGAGGCCGACAAGGAGAAGACGGCCAUUACAGGUCCCCUAGGACUCUUCCAGUCUGAAAAGAUGCCACAGGGCAUAUCCGGAGCCCUUGCAACCUUCCCGCCGGGCAUGGGGAAGACCAUGGGGAAGACCAUGGGGGAUGUGGACUUGUUUGGAGUUUUGGUGUAUUUGGAUGAUCUCCUAGCAUUGGGAUUCGCCUUGGAAGACUAUGAAGCAAGGCGAGUGAGGGAUCCCGGGCGACUAGGGAUUAACGAAGUAAAACUUUCUUUGGACGAGUGCCAGGUCUGGAGAAGGACGCAGCUCCUGAGUGAGAAGAUUUGCACCGCUGAACUGAAUGCUCAGAAAUGCAGGCUGGAGACUGAGUGCUGCAAUUUUGGGACAACCACUGAAGAAUUGCAGUCCACGUUCGUCAAAGUGGAGAUGGGGAAACGGAAUUCCGAGCCGAAACUGCGGUCAUUUACUGAUGAAUUAAUCCAUAGAGACAAAACAAUGACCAACCUUCGAAAGGAUCAGCAGAAACUCAAGAAAUCGAUCCAGAACAGAUUGGAAGAAACUGGUGGUGUAAUUGCGUCCCAGAUGGAGAUGAACACGAAGCGGGAGUCAGAACUGCUGAGACUGUGGCAAGAGUUGGAGGAGUCCAGGAAGAAGCUGACGUCUCGAUUGCAGGAGGCUGAAGAGGCUGCAGAGGCAGCCCAAGCUAAGUGCUUCAGAUUGGAGAAAAUCAAACAGCAGCUACCAAUCAAGUAAAUGGGAAAGAAUACA